UGGCCAUUUCUCACGAGUUGGAUGGUGAGUUUACCACCGUUGCUAGUAGACUACUCACGCAAGGAUUGUCCCGCUACUUUAACAAACACAGUAGGAAUACCAUACCCAGUGAGCAGGGAGAGAUAAUUACAAGGUACACCCUUCAAGAUAUCCUUAUUGGCCAAGGUAUACUCCGACAAAGAGUACCUCAACGGGACCAUUCCGAAAUGGUAAAUCAAAUGUAUAAACCUGACGACGAACAAGCGUUGGCCGACACUCUUCAGAAAAUCCUUGAUCCAGACUACGUUCACGAAUCGCUCAGCGACGAACUCGAAAUGUUUCGCUCGAGAUACUUUGAUGCAUCAGGAACAUGGCUCGAUGAAGAUGAAGUCGCUGAUAAAUAUGAACAAUUCAAGAACGGCAUGCGGGCUGCCACUGAUCUCAGUGCGUUUCAAGAUUCUGAAUUCGAUGAUUUCCCCGAGUUUCUCGAACGUGAAGUCAUGUUAAGUUUAAAGUAUAAUGAUGAUAGUGAUUAUGUCAGUGAAGAAGACGACGAUUAUGUAGACGAUGGUGAUGGUGAUGUUGAUGUGGAAGUGCAUGAUGACGAGUAUGAACCUCCUAAGAUCGAAGAGAUGCAAGAGUAUACCCCGACCGAAAGUGAGUUACGAUCUUAUGUUAAUGGUGAUAUUGAAGUUGAGAAUCUCACGAGAGUGCUACGUGAUUUGAAAACUGGAGAACUGGCAACUACUCUUGAACAGAUGUUACAAAGGCAGUACAAACAGUGAAAAAUUAGCAUAUGCAAUUAAAAAAUUAAUAAAUAGAACUAUAUAAUACACUAUCAUAUGUAUGCAAAAUUAGUGAGCAGUAAGCUCAAUCAUUAGUUGGUAUAAUAAACCCCCUCUCAUUCAAUUGGUGAAUCGUCCAGAUCCACGUCCUGGCAGCGUAAUCCAUAUUCCUAGCCACAGAACUAGGCACGGCUUCUUUUCCCUCAACCCCGAAAUACUUCCCAUUAUCAUCUUCGGCUCGUAAUUGUGGAUCCAAUGUGCAUUUAAUCACGGCUCUAGCGCCUUCUUCACUGGUUACUCCAAAGAAAUACCCAAAUAUUUGAAACAUGCACCAGAAUAACAACCCCACCAAGGGCAAUCUUGUGAAAUAAGUGAAUAAAUUUGCAUUCAUGACCAAUCCGGGAUGCACGGUCAUGCAUAAAAUCUUGGGAUUCCUCAAUGCAAGCAUCUUCAUGAAAUGGAUUCCGGCGGUCUUGGCCAUGCCGUAUCUGAGCCAGGUAAACACGAAAUUGGGUCUAUAAUUGAAUGUGUUGCUUAGUUUAAAAUAGCUGAAUGCAAGUUGGUGUCCUACAGAACUGAGAUACACAAUUCGUGGUGGCCCACUUUUAGGAAACUUGUCGCCGGUCUUUUCAAGCAUGGGAAGGAGUUUUGUCGUGAGUAGAAAUGGAGAAAUGUAGUUUGUUUGAAGGAGGAUUUCGAAGUUGUCACAAGUGACGGAAUAAGGUAGUGCCAUGGCGCCAGCGUUAUUCACUAAGAUAUGCAAAUGAUCCUCCAUGGAUUUGAACGUUUCCACUGCCCGAACUACACUGUUCAACACACUCAAGUCAACUUCAAGAAAGUGCAAAUCGCCCCGGUAGCGCAGUGACGCUUGUUCGGCACUGUAGCUUGAUCGGAUAGCCAUGGCCUUCUUCUUUAGUUCCUUGAUUGAUUUCUGACAUCGCAGUUUGCUUCGCCCGGCAAUGUAUACGAUGUAGCCAUGAAGGUAUAGUUGGAGUACUGUGUAAAACCCAACGCCGCUGUUCCCACCGGUGAUUAUUGCCACACGUCGAUCUGUGGCAGGAUUAAGGAAGGGGAAUUCACUAGAGUCGAAGCUCAUGUUGGUAUGAAUUGUUUCCUUUUAUUUUGUAUUUUGGUAAUGGUUCGAUUUAUGAUCUAAUGUGUGCAAUAAGUAAAGAGGCAGCACCACCACCACAUGUGUGAAA